AUGUCGGACGACAAAGAACUUCUACAAAGCCUAUGUGACCUUGAAAUCCCAAACACAAUCAGAUUUUCUCCCGAUGGUCAACAUGUCUUGUACUCGACAGAACUGACUUGGGGUCAUCGGAGAGGCUCUCGCGCAGUCUCAACCCUUUGGCUCGCCAAAACCGGACUAGAGAACUCGGCACAGCGACUCACAUCAGGCUCUUACAAGGACUACGCAGGUGCCUGGGGUACCGAUGGGAAAUCCAUAGCUUUCAUAUCUGAUCGCGCAGACGCGGGGAAGAGUUGGGCUAUCUAUGUUCUGCCAAUGCGCGACGGCGAUUUUAAGGACGCAGAAGCAUAUGCUAUCACGGAUGUGCACAACGAGAAGGCAAUUGAUAAGUUUGCUUUUUCUCCUGAUGGAAAACAGAUUGCGUUUCUCUCGGCGGACGAAAAGACCACUGAGCAGAAGCAGAAGGAAGCGGAUGGUGAAGACAUGCACGUCUGGGGCGAGCAAUGGUCUCCAUCGAGAUUGAGAAUUGUUGACUUGGAGACCCGAAAGGUGUCAAAUCUGGUUUUGAACAGACAUCUGGUGGACUUCCACUGGAGCCCGGAUGGUACGCGCAUUGCAUUUGCUAGCAGCAGAACCCCCGAAUUUGAGAGCGGUCUCCUUGAAGGUGUCACCAUCUCAACGGUUGAUGUUAAUCUGGAUUCGAGCAAAGAAGUCUGCUCGCUACCCAGAUCGUAUAACAUCAACCUCACAUGGGCGAACGAUGGUCACUUGUAUCUCUGCUCUGGCGUGCCUGCGGACAAAUUAUAUGGUGGUCAUGGCAUCUACUCCGUAGAUCCAGAUUCCCCAUCUUCAAGCUACGAACAUGUGGCCUUCGGAAUAGACGACGAUGCUGCUGGUCUGACCAAAGCAAGCAAUGGAGAAGUAUUGGUCAAGGUGGAGCAUCACCUGGAAAGUCGCAUCUGCUCCAUGGACGGCAAAGUCAUGUACGGUCAACAACAAGAACUUGAGGCUUUCGAUGCAGCAUACACGGGCAAAGAAAGAGAGACAAUCCUUGCAAUUGCGACAUCUGAUGUCAACCAUCCGGUGGAGGUUUUCACGACGGUAGAUGGUGGUGCUACGAUGAUCCAAUUGUCUAACCAUGGAGAAGCUUUCAAGUCACGCAAAUUUGGCACCUGCAGCAUCCUAACAAGCCCGUCCGAUGACGCAACUGUCGACAUUGAGGCACUUUACCUCUCGCCUGCAGGCACGACGGCGGGUGCGGAAAGUGACCGUCCCAAAGAAGCCUUGCCGACUGUCGUGAUGGCUCACGGAGGACCAAACACCCGUCUAACCAACGCCUUCAACACCUACUACUACAUGUUAACGCCCUACUUACUGUCCUUAGGCUACGGGAUAUUGCUACCAAACUACCGAGGCAGCUCCGGCCGCGGCCAGCAAUUCGCAGAAUUCUCUAUCGGAGGAACAGGAAAACACGACUAUGCCGACAUUAUAACCAUGACUCAAUGCGCCAUCGAGCAGGGCUAUGCCAACAAUGACAAACUUCUUAUCUGCGGAUGGAGUCAAGGCGGUUUCCUGACUUUCCUGUGUAGUGUACGCAAUGGCCUCCACCCCUAUGAUUGGAAGUUCAAAGCAGCGGUUGCCGGAGCCGGAAUCUCUGACUCUGAUUCUAUGGCUUUGACUUCGGAUCUAGGAAGUGUGUUUCAACCUGAACUCCACAGUGGACGUGUGAUGUGGAACAUGGAUCGCGAUGAUACAAGAAAUCGACAAGCAAGUCCGUUGUGGGAGUUCGAAGAUGCGGUGAAGCGGAGUCAACAGACUAAUUCGAUGGUCAUUCCACCGAUGCUGAUAUUGCAUGGAGAGGAGGAUACACGGUGUCAUGUGUCUAAUGCGUGGGGUAUGCGGCGAGCUCUUGAAAGUCAGAAGUUGCCGUUUGAGCUGGUUACAUACCCUCGUCAAGGCCAUAUCUUUAGCGAACAGAAGUUCUGGAUUGACAUGGCACUGCGGCUUCGGAGAUGGUGCGAUACAUACAUUGGUCAAGAGUUCAAUCGCUAG